AUGCGGCGGCAGCAGGGCAUGCGACUUGAUGACAGAUACGUUCCGUACUUGCAGAUGGCAGGUCUAUACCAUCUUGCAAGGCUGAACGACCGAUGGUUCCGGCUAGACGAGGCCCUUGUCAGUGCAUUCGUGGAGCGAUGGCGUCCCGAGACGCACACGUUCCAUAUGCCGUUCGGAGAGUGCACGAUCACACUCCAGGACGUGGCAUACCAGCUGGGUUUGCCAGUGGACGGCCGUUACGUGAGCGGGUGCUUGUCAGAGUUCCAUAUAUACAUCGAGGGUGGCCGUCCAGCCUGGGUCUGGUUCCAGGAGUUGCUCGGAGUUAUACCUCCUCCCAGUCAGGUUCAGAAGUACGCAGUGAACUGCAGCUGGUUUCAGGAGACUUUCGGUGAGUGCCCUGAGGAUGCUGAUGAUGACACUGUGCGCCGAUAUGCCCGUGCGUACAUCAUGAUGUUGUUGGGCACGCAGCUGUUUGCGGACAAGUCAGGGAAGCGGAUUCACAUCAGAUGGCUUCCGUAUGUAGCGAGGCUGGAGGAGCUGGGUACCUACAGCUGGGGUUCUGCCGCACUGGCUUGGUUGUACCGGUGCAUGUGCCGAGUGGCGAACAGACAUGUCGUCAAGUUAGUGGGCCCGCUUCAGCUACUUCAGUCAUGGAUCUUUUGGCGCUUUCCUCGCUUUCCUGGGCCCGCUUCGCACCUUCCAGACCGAGCUUCAUUAGUACAGCGCUAA